GACAGGACAGAACUGCGUGUUACUUGGGAGUUUUGCGUUUGUAUUUCUGGUUGUAUUCCAUGGUGUCUGUUUGAUGCUCAUUUCGUUUCAUGAUGAGCGGAGGUAUCUGUCACUGGGGUCCCCUUGUGGCCUUAUCAAUUAUUAUCACGCUGUUUCUUUGUGGACUUUACUGCACCUUACUAUGGUUUCCUCCGUGGACGUCCAUUGCAAGCGUGAUUCACUUGGCUUUUUUUCUUACUUGGAUGUUUCUGAUAAUGAAUUACUUUCUGAAAUCAAUCUACCUUGGGCCAGGCCAUCUGCCUUUGGGUUGGAGAGCGGAUGACAAAGAAGUGCAAGACGUUUUGCAAAAGUGUGUUGUGUGCAAUGGCUACAAAGCACCAAGAGCACAUCACUGCAGUAAAUGUAAACGGUGUGUUAUGAAAAUGGAUCAUCACUGUCCAUGGAUAAAUAACUGCGUGGGUCAUUUGAAUCACAGAGCAUUUACGUUGUUCUUAUUCUUCGUUCCCAUUGGAUGUACACACACCACUGUUAUUUUAAUAUCAUGUUUCCUACAGCAAUUUUAUUUGAUGUCUGGCAGUCCUUAUCGACGUAUUGUGUUCCAACGUAAUGCAGUUGUUUCAUUCACAUUCUAUCAUGUGAUACUUGUUCUGUUCUGCAUUGGUUUGUCACUGGGUGUCACGAUAGCAGUUGGCAUUCUUCUCUAUUACCAGGUGCAGAUUGAUUCUGGCAUAAAUUAUACAUUCAAGAUUUUAUCCUGCACACAAAGUUUUAUAGUUACAUGUUCUCAGAAUGUGCUAGUCAAGAAUUAUAAUAACUUGUUGGCAACAAAGUAUGGAGGCUGUUCAAUGAAUACUAACAUUACCUACUUUAAGGAAAAUAUCCUUUUAGUUUUUCUCUUUAGUAGUUCCUCAAGUGAGAAAGGUAAAGGAGCCAACAGACCCCACCCUGAUGGAAAAACAUUUACAUACCCUUAUGACUUUGGUUGGAAAGAAAAUUUCAAGCAGGUCAUAACACUAAGGAAAGAUUAUGUUGGGGAUGGAAUCACGUGGCCUGUUAUUGAUGGAUGCGAUCAGUACACUCUCACAAGGGAACAAUUACAGCAAAAGAAAUUAAAAAGAGAAAGAACGAUUUGUUGUUCGGUGAUAAAAUUCUAUAAUGGAAGCAUAAUAGCUUGGCGUGAAGGACUUAGGACAUGCAUAUCGACUCCAUGGUCAGAAGAGCCUCGCAUGAAGCUACACCUUGGAGAAAUUGUCUUAGUGACACGAUGGAGAGCGCGAUGGCUUUAUGGUGAAAAGUUACGCUCUAAUUCACCAUCUGCCGAAAACACAGAUGAAGUCGUCGGCAAAGAAAAGGGCUGGUUUCCUCGGCAUUGUGUUGUCAGAACGGCAGAGGAAGCAUCUUCCAAGAAGGAUGAUUAAUAGGCCUUGGGACUCUGAAUUUAAAAUCACAUGGGGAAUCUUAAGCCACAACUACUGGAGGAAGCUAAAUUUUACUAACUACAAUCUGGAUAAGCCGAGCCACUUGUGGUUAUUGAUUCACACUUGAUAAAAUUGCGUCUUGAACUAUAUUGAAAAUUUGUUUGCUAAAUAAGCUUAAAGCCACAACUUCUUUGUGGAUGCCAUUUAGAAAAUGAUAAAAACACAGCUUAUAAUUGUUGCAGACUAUUUAACAAUUGGAUCACGUGCCCGGCCAAUUUUCCGUGAGUUGACCCUCGCUCACGUACAAUUUGAGGUAUUUUUAAGUCAAACAUAAUGAAUUGUUUUCCUUAUAAACGAAAAGGAGAGCACAAUAACGGUAGUGGUCUAUCAGCGAACAGCCGACAAUUAGAGAACCACUUGUGCAGAUUCGCAAUUUUAAACGAAACAAGCAUUUCUCACGCAACGUAAUAGACCAUUUUCGUAUUCUCGGUAUUGGACUGGAACUAGCAUGCAAUAGAGGCUCAUGCGGGAGAAUAUCAUUCUAAAGAUAUGAUUGUCAUUUGCAUUUGAAAGGACUCCCUGCAUUAGCCUCAGUUGCAAGCUAGUUCCAGUCCAAUACCGAGAAUUCGAAAAUGGUUAUUACGGUAACGGGUAGUUCAAUUGAAUAUAUUAGGCAUCAAAUUUUGUGAUGAAGAGUAACUGCAAAUAUACCAUUUUCGUAUUCUUGAUAAUGGACUGGAACUAGCUUGCAACUGAGGCUAAUGCUGGGAGUCUCCAAAUGAAUGAGCCUCCACUGCAAGCUAGUUCCAGUCCGACUCCGAGAAUACGAAUGUGGCCUAUUGCUGCAGAUCUUUUGAAGUGUUUGAGGAUUUUUUUGAAACUUUUAUUACUGUUCUUUGGGUUCAAAACUAAAUUUUUAACUUUAAAUUUGUUGAUGUAAAAGGAAAACAUAAAAGAAAUCCUAAAGUUUUUAACUUUCACGCUCUGUCAUUAACUGUACUUUCAUACUGUCUAAAUCAUAACCAACUUCGGGAAUUUUUGCCACAGGCAGCCCAGUUGUACUGUUUGUGGAGUUUGAGUCGAAUAUGUAUGUGAAAUUAUUAGUUAUAUUUACUGCAAAAGGAGUCAAAAUAUUUAUGUAAUAGCUCAAAAUAAAUACUGCUUUGCCUUAA